GUUAGAAAAUGUAAUUAAGAAAAUAAGUAAAGUGGAUAGGGUAGGGAUGGAACCAAAAUCAAAGUAUCUAAAGCAGUUAAAAAAAUUUACUAAUGAAAGUGGUGGCUACAAGAAUUCGAACACAAAUGAUUUGAUCUAAAUUGAUAAGUUACUGAGGAGUGCGUAUUUGAACACAAAGUUACUGUUUCAACUACCAAAACUUUGAUUGUAUACACGUUUUGGCAUCGAACGCCUCAAAACCAGAACAAAUACCUCUCCCUACUUCCUCGCAAAAAAAAAAAGGACCCCUACUUGUCCCUAAUGCUGCUGCUCGGCCUCGGGGUGUGCAAAUCCCAUUGUCCCACGCCGCUGCGGCUCGGCUAGGCUAUCAACGGAGCACUCGUACGACGGCGUGGAGGCGGCCGACCAUAUCUGUGGUGACUGUGGUCUCGCUGCGCGCGGCUGCCGUGACGGAAAGCCCCAGGCUUAUGCUCGAUGCAGGGUAUCCUUGACCUUAAUCUGUACUAGGGGUUGCCCUAGUCCCUAAGCAGGAACUAUUGGAAUUCUUUUGGGCGAUUUGGGUCACUGUCGCACACCCAAAUCAUUAAGGGCUUAAGUCGAUAAGACAAAUUUGGCGUUGGGUACUUGUUCACCCAAGGAUGAAAUUCACAAAGAACUGAUAUGAGCAGCAAUUGUGCUUAUACUUGUUCUGCAUCAUCUCGACACCCCUGUGUCAAUGGGGAUUGGAGAAUACUGAAGACCUAAGCCAAGGACCCUGAAGAAAAAUCAUAUCUUUUUUACUGAGGAAGAGGUGAAACUCCAAGUUAUGGCUAGUGGAUUAGUGUCAUCUCUUCUUUCAUCAACCAGCAGCCUGUUAGCAAUUCUUCGAAGCCCGUUGUCAGAUUUAUAUCCCCGGAGCGGUCAUCCCACUGCAUCUGCCGAUCUGCAACGACUGAAGCGACUGCUGUCACGCAUCCAGGCCACACUUGAAGAUGCUGAGGAGCAAGGGCUCCAGGACAACUAUGUUAAAUUGUGGCUUAAGGAGCUCAAGGACUUGGCUCUUGAUGCCGAGGAUGUCCUUGAUGAUUACCGGUAUGAGCUGCUGCAGAGCCAAGUCCAAGAGCUUCAAGGUGAUUAUCCACGCAAGCGGAAGCACAUGGAUAAUGAUGAAGAGGACAAUGAUAGUAUUGAUGAGAGAAUUAAUGAGAUGAUAAACCGUUUCGAGGAGAUAUCCAGAGAUCGAGAUGCUCUCAAGCUCAGAUUUGAAGAUGGCCAUAAAAUUGUUGACAGGGGAAACUGGAUGAAGUCACGGCCUACUAGCCACCUUAUUGAUGAGUCCCUUGUUUUUGGUAGGAUUGAUGAGAAGGAGGAUAUUAUCAAGUCAGUAUUAUCUCAUCAAGACAUGGAACCAUCUGGAAUUGUUGUUUUGCCAAUUGUUGGAAUGGGUGGUAUUGGCAAAACUACCAUAGCGCAGAUGGUAUAUAAUGACAGUCGUGUCAGAAAACAUUUUGAGCAUAGUGGUUGGAUUCAUGUAUCCCCAACAUUUGAUGUCCAUAAGUUGACGAUUGCCAUUACUGAGUCAUUAACCAUGAAAAACUAUGGCUUCACACAGCUAAGCUUAGUUCAUGGGGUUCUCUUGGAAGAGGUACAAGGAAAGAAAUUGUUUUUCGUGCUUGAUGAUUUGUGGAAUGAAUGUGAAAGUAGCUGGCAGGAUUUUCUAUCUCCGCUCAGGCAUGCACAAACAGUGACAAUUUUGGUCACCACCAGGAGUAAAGAGGUUGCACGUCUUGUUCAAACAGUGCAGCUAUAUCAUCUUGGCUGCAUUCCUGACAAGGAUUGCUGGUUGUUGUUUCAGCAUUAUGCUUUUGGAAACCAACAUGAGAGUGAACAGUCCAUAUUAGUUCAGAUUGGCAGGAAAAUUUUGCAGAAAUGUGGUGGCUUACCGUUAGCAGUGAAGUCACUAGGUUGCCUUUUACGAUCAACAAUGGAUGAACAUGCCUGGAUGGAAAUAUUGGAAAGUGAGCUUUGGGAAUUGGAUGAAGAGGAUAACAUCUUUCCAGCUCUUAGAUUGAGUUAUUACUGGUUGCCAACAAGAUUGAAACCUUGUUUUCUUCUCUGUUCAUUGUACCCUAGAAAUUUAGGAUUUACAAAGGAUGACAUUAUUCAGCUGUGGGUCGCUCAAGGUUAUAUCUACUCUACAAACGGGAAAACUUGCCGGGAGAUAGGAAAUGAGUAUUUUAAUGAACUGCACGCAAGAUCAUUGAUUGAAACUUAUAGGAAACCAGUAUGUUGGGAUAUUAACAAACGGAAGCUUUGUCUCUCCAGGUUUACUUAUAAUGAGAGACAAGGAUUUUCGUCAAAAAAAAGAGAGAGACAAGGAUUUUCGUCAAGAAACGAAGGGAGACAAGGACUUUCGUCAAAGGAAAAAGCAAGAGAAGCAAUGUUCUAUUUGAAAAACAAGUUACAGUGUGAAACUUAUUUGAAGAAACCAUCAACGUCAAUUGGACGCUUUAAGUUGCAUGAUGUUAUUUUUGAUCUUGCAAAAUCAUUUACUAGAGGAGAACAGUGUACAGCAAUGUUUGGCACGACAUGUAUGCCACCAGUAGCUGAUCUGAAACUUCAAUUUCCCAACCCGAGGUCCGUAAGAACACUCGUGUUAAACUGUUGUUUCCGCUGCUACAAAAAACAUUCUGGUUAUUUUAUGGAAUUAUCCAGUUUCAUGUAUCUAAGGUCUUUAAUACUGAAUUCAAACCACGAUGUUAGUGGUAUGGUAUAUUCAAUCGGCAAUUUAAGACACUUGCGCUAUCUUUCUCUGAACUGCAAAAUGAGAGAGUUGCCUGAAUCGGUAUGUCGCCUUCACAGCCUGGAGACAUUGAUUAUUUCCUCCUUGAGAAUAUUAAAGUCAAGCAACUUUCAGAAUCUUUUCAGUCUUAGAUGCCUUCAUGUUUCUUUUGACUUCAUGGAUGGAUCGUUGGAUCAAUUUAGUGAUCUUUAUUGCUUAGGGACACUGUGCUUGAAGCAUUGCUGCAACAUUACAUACCUACCCUUACACAUAAGAAGCCUCCUUAACUUACAACAUCUUCAACUUGUGGGCAUUUCGAACAUCAGGCGUUUGGAUCAUGCAUCUUUCAGGUACAACAAAAGUAACAGCACAUGGCAACCAGAUGCACUAUUUCCAUCCUUGGAGAGUUUAGAACUCGAAAAUUUGUGCAACCUGGAAGAUUUGUGUGGAUUGCAGAAUUCAGAUUGCUCGAAAUUGCAGUCUCUUACUGUAAGAAACUGCUCGAAAUUAAGCAGAAUCCCUUGUUUCACCUCCCUGAGAAAUUUGGUAAUAAGCAAAUCUGUUGUCAAGAUUAUCCAGUUUUCACUAGGUAAUAUGCCGUCAAAUCUCCAAACUAUUGAUAUCAGAGAUUGUUUUCACCUGAGUACUUUGGUGGGGCUACAAAAUCUUUCUUGCCUUAUGAGCUUGUACAUUUCCCACUGUCCUCAGCUCCUGAUUCUUCCUUCAGAAAAUAUGCCGUGCAAGCCUUGCCAUGCAUUUGUCGCUGAUUGUCCUAAACUGAAACAGUGGUGCGAGAAACAUGAGUUCAACUACUUUCAGGUUACUAGGAAGAUGCAUAUUUCAGAUGUGCGAUUGAUCACAGAAUAUGGUGUUAAGAAUUUCGUGGCCGUUCAACAUUUGACAAUUGAGAACUGCACGCAGAUAGGCCAAAACCUGCUUUCCUCAACCAAGAGCUGGUUACCAUCUAACUUGCGGUUCUUGCAGUUCAGUUCUUGCACUUUCUCUGGUGUUCUUAAUUUCCACAAGGGUCUUUCGAUGCUUUCGGGACUAGAGAUCAGGAACUGUGCUAAACUUGAAUCGUUGAUAGGUUUGAAUUAUCUCAAUAAUCUUCGAGGACUGGUUUUGGUUGAAUGUCCUUUACUUGAUAUGUCAACUGGAACAAAAUUUCCAGAUCUAUUGUCAUCUUUGAUAAUUCGCGGGUGCCAUCAGCUUCUAUCUCUGCACUUAUGUAACCCUGCAGUUCUGACGGAGCUUGAGAUAUCCGACUGCCGUGGAUUCAUGUACAUUGGAGGAUUAAGAAAUUUUAGAGACCUUGAAAGCUUGAAACUUCUUCAUUGCCCUCUACUUCAGCUGCGGGACUUGAUGCCAGCUGCUCCUGAAACUGCCGUAAUCUGUUGUUGUCCGAGGCUGAAGAAGUGGUGCGAAUGGCAUGACAUAGAGUAUAAGGACAUUCAGGAAAAUCCAGAAGAUUCAUAUGGGAAGCUGUGAUACUUUUGUAAUUGACCACAUUUUAUUACGACAACUUCUUGAAGAUACAUAUGGGAUGGCUGGUCAUACAUUUUGAUAUAACCGUUAUGGUCUCGAGACAGAUAAUUGAUCUGUAACAGCUCAAGACAAUUAGCCUGUUUUGUAUUGUAGGCUAGUGGUGUGAGAAAACUUAUCACAGGGUAAAUUAAGUUCACUUCAAAUUUUACACAACUUAAAUGGAAUUGGUGCUACAUAAUUUUCUUCAGAACAAUGUAAAUUUGGUGAAAUGGUGUAACGUUUUUAUAACUGAAGUGCAUUUUCCAAACAUUUUGCGGAUUACAAUUAUAGUUAAACUUAUAAUAUGCUUAACAUGGUGUUCACCUAUUUUAAAAA